AUGGCUGCUCAAUCGGUCAUGGCAGCUCACACACCAAUCGCAGACCCAACACCAUGGACUGCUAUCGUGACUGGUGGAGCAAGCGGCAUUGGAGCCGCAACAGCCAGGAAGUUGGCAAGUCGAGGCAUCAACAUCCUGAUCGCUGAUGUCGCAGACGAGACAGGUCAGCAGCUCGCCGGUGAGAUCCAAGCCGAAUUCAACGUCGACGCAUUCAAUCGACAUGUCGACGUCAGCAAGGAGACAGAUAUCGAGGAGAUGAUUAAGGCGAUCGUACAGAAGUGGGGCCGACUUGAUUAUGCUGCGAAUGUUGCGGGAAUCUGUAAGGAUGGGGGUGAUAUGAAGGAUGAUGAGAGUAAGGUGCCAACGGAGUUGAUUGAUAGGACCUACGAAGUCAACCAACGCGGCAUCCAACUCUGCCAAAAACACGAAGCCCAACAAAUGCUCAAGCAAGAGCCCCGAGGCGUCACCAUUUCCCCAUCUCCACCCAAACCCGUCCGACCCCAACGAGGCAGCAUCGUCAAUGUCGGCUCCACCGCAUCUCUAACAGGCUUGGGACAUGCUGCCUACACUCCCACCAAACACGCCAUUCUCGGCAUCACCAAGAAUGGAGCUUACUACUACGGUCCUCAUGGUGUGAGGUGCAAUUCUGUGGCGCCUGGUGGGACCGUCACGCCCUUGGGCAUCGAUGCGAUGCCGGAGGGGAUUAAGGAGUUGGUUAGGGAGAAUGAUCCUGCUGUUGGGAAGGGGACGCCGAUGGGGAAAUUGGCUUGGCCCGAGGAAGUGGCGAAUGUUAUCAGCUUCUUGUUGAGCGAUGAGGCUAGUCAUGUCUGUGCAGUGAACAUCGAGGUCGAUGGAGGCUUUGCGAAUACGAGGAUAUAG